UCACUUCAUCGGAUGCCGAUGCGUAGAAAGAAUAAUAAAUAUGGCAAGCGACCAGCUUGGCUUAACAGUGAAAUCCUUGCUGAUCUUGAACACAAAAAAGAAGCUUACAAGAAGUGGAAGAUUGGACAAAUGACCAGGGAAGAGUAUAAAUAUAUUGCUCAGGCAUGCAGUAGGGAAAUCAGGAAGGCCAAAUCACACCUGGAGUUGCAGCUAGCAAGAGACGUUAAGAGGUAUGUUAGCAACAAGAAGAAAGUCAAGGAAAGUGUGGACCCCUUACUGAAUGAGGGAGGCAACCUAGUGACAGAGGAUGUGGAAAAAGCUAAUGUACUCAAUGCUUUUUUUCCUUCUGUCUUCACGAACAAAAAGGUCAGCUCCCAGACUAAUGCACUGGGCAGCACAGCAUGGGGAGGAAGUGACCAGCCCUCUGUGGAGAAAGAAGUGAUUUGGGACUAUUUAGAAAAGCUGGACAAGCACAACUCCAUAGGGCCGGAUGUGCUGCAUCUGAGAGUGCUAAAGGAGUUGGUGGAUGUGAUUUUGCUCUCAACAUCCACUAGGUCGAACUAUCUUAGGUUUUUCUAUAGCACUUGUCGCUAUAGCAUCUAAGCACUGACAUGGAUCAAUUAAAGAGCUGGCAAUAGAACUCAGACCGCCUUGCUUCCAGUUUCAUGGUCUAACCAGUAGACCAAAAUCCAUCCCUUAAUUCUAUGGCAAUUUUUUGAAAGAGGCAGUGCCUAGCACCGAUGUCUCAUGGGAGGUCUCUAGGGUCUUUGAGACAGCAGAGCAGUAUGAGCAGUGGAAUGCUGCCAUUCUUCUUAGCAUUACACUGUGUCUGUCUUUGUUUCUCUUAUGCAAGCUCUUUUUGAAGACCUGUCUCUGCUUGCAUAUCACAAGAAAAGGGUUUUGUUAUGAGUGUGGAUGUGAAACAUUGAAUAGGGAGCUCCUGUAUAGUCUUUCACUUCAUUUUGUGCCUCGCCAAGACAAAACCUCCUGUUGCCAAUUGAUCAAAUUUCAGUAACUUCUGCAGCAUUUUCAACAGGACUUCUCUGGAAUGAGAAUACAUUCAAAUUGCUCAAUACUAAGCCUUGCACAAUAUUUGUUUUCAUGCAGUGUAUAAUUUCACUGCAGAAAACUUUCCACAGACUGGGAGCAACCAAUUUUACAACGAAGUGCUUUCUGGGUAUCCUUCUUGCCUUUGACAUCUUGGUGACACUAUGCGAUGCAUUCUGUUUUUUUGAACAAAAUGACCCAUUGAAUUAUACCAAAGGUUGUAUUCGAGAUGGAAAGCUGCAUGGAUUUGGUACCUCUUGGACUGCAAAUUGCAACAGAUGUUACUGCAGCCCGAAUGGAAUUCGUUGUUGCUCCAUCUAUCAUUCGCCUAGUGGUUAUGACAGAGAAAAAUGCGAAAGCAUUUUCAACAUGGACACCUGCAGCUACAGUGUGGUGGAGAAGGCUGACCCCUCGAAAGCCUGCGAAGUCCAUAGUUGGGUGGGUUAAUUACAAAUCCACUUAGAAUUUCUCUGCAUAGUGCCUCUCCUUCCCCUUCUACCAAUGAUCAACAAUGGAAUGAGUCUUUUCUUCAGAGAUUCAUGAUGGUCUCUGAAGCAUUGCUACUAACAGCUGUUUUUUCUUCUCCUUGUUGAGUAGCAGUUCAGUGUGUGAGAAUGCACUGUACCUGAUUCUAUAUUGUUUCUGUUAUUCCCUGCAUUGUCAUAACUGAGCUUUGAUCACCUGAGUAAAAUAAACUCAGAUGACGCAUCAGAA